UAACAUUUCGAGGAAAAUCACAGAGAUUAAAUGCAAUGAAUGAAAUGGAUUAAGUCUCCAUAAACCAGGAAAACAACGAUCAUAUUUGAAAUGUCUUUCGUUGUUCUAAAUUAGAACGAUGUUGUCACGGGAAGUUAUAGUUGUUGCACUCAGCCUGCUGGCUAUUCAAGCAGCUACUGUCAGAUGCCAAAAAAUAUCUAUAUAUCCCGAAGAACUUCCUAAUGGAUUGCCAAGACACAUCAGAUCACUAUCCUUGACCUUUACCAAUGAAUUAAAGAGUCCAGUGAACACAUCAAUCACCAGUUUAAUAGACUCUAUAGUUUCCAAAUUCCUCGAUACAAAACUUGGACAACUAGUGGCAGAAGCAAUAUUCGACACUCCAGUAUUCGUAACGAAAGUCAACAAUAUCUUAGGCAGCAAAGUUCUAAUCCUCGAGAAGAACAGUCUGAGGAUAAGCUAUGCCAACUUGAUCGAAGUGAUCAAGAUCCACAUCACAGAUUUUCUGGAAAAUCAUUUGAAACUUCGCGGUAUCUUACUGAAUUUCGCAGGUGGUUUCGUCAGUAGAACAGUUGACGACUUUGGUCGCAAGAUUGAACCUGCUGUUAAGCAGGUUAAUUUCACGGUGUCCACCAAACCUUCUGCCAUUCAAGGGACAGGAGUUACAUCGGCGCAAAGUGUAAUCAGGAAGAUUAUUCAAGAUUUCAUUGUCCUUCUCAUCAGACCUUUCCAGUCUAGACUAAAUCAAACCUUGCUGAAUGUCACCAACGAACUACUCUCCCUUUACAAACCAGUGUUACCGAGCAACUACUUCCAGUCAAUCAUAUCCUGCGGUAUUAAUCAAAGUGUUUUGAAGACCGUAGAGAUCGUGGAAGCUGCCAGGGAAAUGCUAAAUCAUCUACUGGCUAACCCCAACAGAGUCAUGAAGAGAUCAGUUGAUUCUCUCGAGAGUAACAACGAAAAGCAAACUAGAUCUUUGAUAGGUUUGAUCGUGGCACCUAUAAGAUUUUUGCUAACACUUAUUCUCACACCAGUACAUCGCCUUUUGAAACGCCUUAUGAAUUACAUAUUCGUUACUUUGAGACCAGUUGUGGGAAAAUUUAUUUUGAGCCCGAUAGAAUCUAUUGUGAUGUCCAUAAUCAAUUUGAUACCUUGUUCAAACUGCUGAUAACAUCUUGAGGUAUGUGUGAAAAUCUAGGAUUUAAGCUUGUCUAGUUUGCCUAACCAAACACAAUUACUGUCAUAAUAUUUUACCUUCAAUAAAGAUAUAGAUGCUUGUUGAUAAU